AUGGACGUCUCCAAUAACCGCCUCUUCCGCUUCUCCAAGCCAGAAUGGCUUAACAACUCCGCCGUCCGCAAUAGCGGCGUCUACGUCUCUGGCGCACUGUUUGCAGCAGGAUUCUUCUUCUUAAUCGACGUCGCCUCCUUCUCCCGCAGUCCCCGCAACGGCUCAGAUGUCCACAUCAAAUUCGUCGACUGGAUCCCCGGUAUCUGCUCCGCACUGGGCAUGCUGGUUAUCAACUCGAUUGAGAAGUCGCGGCUGCAGGCUGAUAGCUUCAGUUAUAGUGGGAGUGGCGUUGCAUGGAAGGCUCGGUUUGUGCUUUUCUUGGGUUUUGCGUUGCUUGCUGGUGGUCUUGCUGGUAGUGUGACGGUUAUGGUUCUCAAAUAUCUUAUCAAGGAUUAUCCUAUCCAGACGCUCUACUUUGGUAUUGCGAAUGUUGUUGCUAAUGGUUUGGUUAUGCUCAGCUCUAUUGUUCUUUGGGUCUCGCAGAACAUUGAGGAUGACUAUACCUACAACCUUGCCCUGUGA